AUGACAUUCCCAAACCAAUUCAUUAAAGUUUCAGCCCUUGCAAUGAUGUGCCUUUUGUCGUACGUACUCAAGAUUGAUGCAUUUUCAUCCUCACCCGUUAUUUCGGCCUUGAGAUCCUCGGCCUCGUCCUUGUACCAACAGGUUCUAGAUGUGGAUGACAACGAAAGCAAUCGGGAACAGCACCAGCAACAGGAAGAUGCACCAAGGCCAUUCUUCUUUACAGGAGAAGCAAAGAGUGAAUCAGAAAACAGAGAAUUGCAACGAGUCUUUUUGGGUGCCGAGAGUCUACGCUCCAGCGCCAAAGGCACGAUUGAACAAGAGGCUGCAGCAUUUAUGCAAGGUGAUAGGGGCGCAUCCUUGAGAGGGACCUCUGAAGAAGAGGCUGCAGGUGGCAAAGUGUUCAACUUUGAUCAAGAACGAGAAAACUUGGAACGCCUGUUUCGCAUGUAA